AUGGGAAGCCCUUACGAAUAUCAGCCGGAGGUGAAGUGGUACCACAUCCUGUGGGACAUGCGGAACAAGGAGUUCCGGCAGUGGUAUCUCAAGAAAAAGUACCGCGACAUGCGGAUGGCGUACAAGUAUGAGAGCCAUAUUUUAUACCAAAAGGCAGGGAUGGGCUUUCUGAUGGCGGCCGUUUUUAUGUCGAUUUGUAGCUCCGAUUUGGCAGUCGCGGUCUUUCGGUGGCCCACAGAGGACCCCAAUGAGCUGUUGAAGAGCCAAGUGUGGCAGAAGUAUCACAAUCAGUUGAACGAGCGCAAGGAGUAUGCAGACAAGCUUCUCCAAGACUCCAACUACAUUCACAAGAAGAACAACCCUGUUGAGUAG